AUGUGCUACAUAUGCAGUUGCUUUGUGUACGCUAUAGACUUCAUACAAAGGUUAAUCACCUGUUGUGUAUUGUGCCUACUUGGGUACGCGGUGUGCUUCGGCCUCACGAUCGCCAUCAUUGCAGGCAUCGCCUACGGAUAUAAUUACUCCUUGGCUGAGUUUUUGACAUUCACACGCUCCGAUGUGACGGUGUACAUGCGGCGCGGUCAGUUCUACGACAAGCCCGACUUGCCACUGGUACGGAGAAGGUCAGGUGGUGGCGAAGAAGCUGUAUUCUCUGGUAACCGAUCUUUAGACUAUGAAGAGUCUGGCAGUCAAGGUCAACCUCUAGCGGAUACAUGGCUGCAGUCACAGGAUACUAGAAAGUACGCUGAGAAGCUGACCAAAUACUCUCCUGCGAGGCGAAUGGAGAAGUUUGUAGAACGACCCCAAGAUCCUGUGCCAUCUAAACCACAAGUUAUUUCAAUAUUUCCCAGUCCAUUACUUGCAACGGUAUCAUGGCAGAGUGGAUCUUCAGAAAUAAUAAUGAGAAGUUAUAGACCACUACAAGACAUAAGUCCGGCAGAAGAUGUAACAAGAACACCAGAAAAUAUGUUUUUUACCACAGAAAUACCAAUUAAAUCAUUAGGAUUUCUCGGUGGCCAACAUAAGCCAAAAAGUUUACCAGAAAGUAUAGUGCACUCAGAAACUCUUGAAAGCAGUAAUAUACCAAUGCGUGUGUGGACUACAACUGCAGCAACUCGGCGUGUUGUACCCGAUUAUAUUACAGAAGAAGUGGAUGAAGAUAAUAUUGUGUACAAACCAGUAUGA